AAUAGGAGCAUAUACAGAGCGAUCGAGUAAAGAGAAAACUACGAUAUUUCUUUUUCGCUGCUGACGUGCAUGGGAAACCAGAGGGAUACAGAAGACGCGAGACAGCAUCAUGAUCCUGGGAAUGACUCCACGCCCGAAAAGCACCGUCGAGCUCUGAACGAAGGCUGUGAACAGUUCCGAAGAAGACUAGGAGCAAUCAAUGGAAUCUCACAUACAAUGUGAUCCUUUCGUGUAAUAGUGACGUCUGUUGAGAUUUUGCUCAUGCUCCGGUGUGAUGAAUUUCCUCAAGAAGAAAAGUUCUUUGAAGGGGGUCACUCGCAAUUUCGAACGUAGUUUGAGUCUCGGUUCGCUCGAGUUCGCAUUGAACCGUGGAAUACGGGAAAAAACAAACGAAAUCGGAGAGAUUCGGUCCUUUCGCAAACCUUCAAUGUCACGCUGCAAGAACUUCAAGAAGGAAUCCGAAAAGCUGAACGAGAAUAUGACCCAUCGAAACCGCCCCGGACGAAGGCUUGUUCCUUCCGCUCAUUACGGGAAUUGCUGGCUGACAAUGCCUCGAUUCCAUAUCUGAUACAAUUCAUGGAAGCCAAAGGUGCACAACACUUGUUACGGUUCUGGCUCGAGGCCGACAUGUUCAACAGAAGUAGUCAGGUUCUUCGCUCGGGAAGUCACGUGAAGCAACGAUUCGUCAAGACGAGAGAUCCUCUUCAAGCAGAUCCCUUGAGUCCUUGUGAUGAGCCCCUGGAGGCUGUCGACGAAGAUAGCCCACGAGGAGCACAAGUUUCCGCACCGAUCUACGCUGACAGUAUUGGUCAAGACGCCCUCCACAUCUAUGAGAAAUUCCUCGGACCGUCAGCAGCACAAGAAAUUCUACUGGAACCUCAGACUUUAGAGGAAGUGAUCUCCUGCUUGUCAAAGGAGCAUGUUGACGGAAAUUGCUUUUCCAAGGCACAACAGGCAGUUUUCGAUCAGAUGGACAAGCAAUAUUAUACGGAAUUCCUCCGCAGUCCGUUCUACACCCAGAGACAAAUUGAUAUUCUAACAACAUCAAACAUGGCUUCGGGACCUGGUCUGGUGGACAUUCUUGCGAACGACGGAUGUCUAUUCUACCUCAUGGAAUUCGGGGAACAAGUGGGAGUUCGUCGCCUGAUUGACUUCCUGAUCGUCGCCGAUAACUUUUCUACGCACACCGGAGCCGUAGACGCGUUCGCGGCCCAAGAAGCCCAGAAAGAUGCCAUGGUUAUUUAUGAUAAAUUCUUUUCUCUACAAGCGGAGACGUCUCUCGGCUUCAGCGACUCAUUACGGAGCGAGAUCGAAGAGUCGAUCUGCUCCGAAGAUGGCCCAAAUCCGAACACUUUCGCUCUGCCAUUCGCAAUAGUUGUUCGGUAUCUAGAGAACGAGUUUCUCCAGGCUUUCUUCAACUCAGCUCUAUACCAAAAGUAUCUCACCGAGUGCAUCCAAACGGUUCAGAAAUCAAGUCUGCGACCAGGAGGUUACCACAGGGCGGAGGAAAAAGACGCGAGCAGUUGUAGCGACACGAGCAGCAGUAUAACUCAACAAUUACAUUCUCCCCGUACGGCUGGUGGGAGUGUCUCCUCUGAUCAUUUCGUCGCGGGCUCAUCGUACUCGGAUCUGAUCGAGGACAAGCACGUCAGCGGCGCUUUCCAGAGAUUGCCCGGUCGAGCUGCGAUCCCGAGAUUACAGCUGCUGCACGUCGAUCCGCUGGGAAAACUAACAUCGGAAUUCGAGCCGGAACCGGAGGGGGCCGUCGGCGCAACGAGCACAAUAUCCAAGUUGAAAAAGCUUGUCGGGAGAUCUGAUCGUGUCGAGGAAGAAGAACAGGCUUGGGAGGCGGCACAUCAAAUGAUCAGAGAAGUACAGUGCCUCACUACAGCGAAUAAUAACAAUAUACCACCUUGAUGAGUGCGAAUUUCUUCGUGAUACCAAAUGGAAUGGCAGAAUCUCCGUGAAUCUCCGCUCGCUGAGCCCCUCAUCCUGUGAGAAGGAAGAAUGCUUUCGGAGUUUGCGGCCGUGUUCACUAUCUCGUCAAGAACAGUGGUUCUUUAAUAGCAUGCUUGAUGUGGGUCGAGGCCCUUCUCUCGGAGUAUUCGUGAUUGAAAAAGAGGAAUGUUGUAUAAUUUUGAGAUGAAUUCCUCGAGAUGGCGGCUCCUGGAGAACGGAAGAUGAGUCUCCCGCGAAGCUCUUAUUCAAAGCCUAAUGGAAGCACGGCGUCGCUAGGCGCCUUCGCGAGAGGAAAAUUUGAGCGAACUUGAGGGAGGGGGGGCUGCCGGGUGAAUCAUGUUGCGCUUUUAUGGGGAGGAAU